AUGCAAUUGACAAGCCUCUUGACUGUCUGCGUGGCCGCCCUGGCCAGCACCGCGGCUGCCAUGCCCCGGAUUGCCGGCCCAUAUCAUGGCGUCCGCGUCCCCGUGCAUGUCCCUCACAAUGCGACUAGCUCAGCCCACAAUGCCACGACGACGAGCACGCGAGGGAAAAAGCCCCUGUCAACGGGACUCUCGCAUUCGAAAAACAGCACCGGCAGCCACGGCUCGCACAGCUCUAACGUGGCGAACGAGGUGAGCCACUGCCAUGAAUUGUGCUCUCUGGAGGCGCAGACGUGUACAAUUGCAGUGCCCGAGGAGGAUGCCUUUUGGUGA